AUGAGUCGUCAAUUCACAUGCAAGUCAGGAGCCCCCACAAAGGGAGGUUUCAGUGGCUGCUCAGCUGUACUUUCAGGGGGUCCUAGCAGCUCAUCUUCCUUCCGGGCAGGGGGCAAAGGACUCCAAUGUGGCUUUGGCAGUCGGAGUCUUUAUUCCCUGGGAGGGACUAGGAGCAUCUCCUUCAAUGUGGCUAGUGGGAGUGGCCGGAGUGGAGGCUAUGGUUUUUCCCGGAGUCGGGCCAGUGGCUUUGCGGGGAGCAUCUUUGGAAAUGUCGCCCUGGGUCCUGUGUGCCCAUCAGUAUGUCCACCAGGAGGCAUUCACCAAGUCACCAUCAAUAAGAGCCUCUUGGCUCCCCUCAAUGUGGAGCUGGACCCUGAGAUCCAGAAAGUGAGGACCCAGGAGCGGGAGCAGAUCAAGGCUCUCAACAACAAAUUUGCCUCCUUCAUUGACAAGGUGCGAUUUCUGGAGCAGCAGAACCAGGUCCUGGAGACCAAGUGGAACCUGCUACAGCAGCUGGAUCUGAGCAAUUGCAAGAACAACCUGGAACCCAUUUAUGAGAGCUUCAUCAGCAACCUGAAGAGACAACAGGAUACCCUGUCAGGGGACAAGUUGAGACUGGACUCAGAGCUGAGGAACAUGAGGGAGGUUGUAGAGGACUUCAAGAAGAGGUAUGAAGAAGAAAUCAAUAAACGGACAACAGCAGAGAAUGAGUUCGUGGUGCUGAAGAAGGAUGUGGAUGCUGCUUACACCAAUAAAGUGGAGCUGCAGGCCAAAGUAGAAUCCCUGGAGAGAGAAAUAAAAUUCCUCAAGUGCCUGUAUGAAGGAGAGAUUGCUCAGAUCCAGUCACACAUCAGUGAUACAUCUGUCAUCCUCUCCAUGGACAAUAACCGAAACCUAGACCUGGGCAGCAUCAUUGAUGAGGUCAGGAACAAGUACGAAGACACCGCCAUGAAAAGCAAGACUGAGGCCGAGAACUUGUAUCAGACCAAGUUCCAGGAGUUACAGCUGGCAGCCAGCCAGCAUGGGGAUGAUCUCAAACACACCAAGAACGAGAUCUCCGAGCUGACCCGACUCAUCCAGAGGCUUCGCUCAGAGUCUGAGAGCGUGAAGAAGCAGUGCUCCAACCUGGAGACGGCCAUUGCAGAUGCUGAGCAGAGGGGUGACUGUGCCCUGAAAGACGCCAGGGCCAAGCUGGAUGAACUGGAGGGUGCCCUGCAUUGCUCCAAAGAGGAGCUGGCCCGCUUGCUGAGGGACUACCAGGAGCUGAUGAGCACCAAGCUGGCCCUGGACAUUGAGAUCGCCACCUACAGGAAGCUGCUGGAGGGCGAGGAGUGCAGGAUGUCUGGAGAGUAUACCAACUCUGUGAGCAUUUCUGUGAUCAGCAGCACCAUGCCUGGGAAUGCCAGCACAGGGGCUGGAUUUGGGCUUAGCGGAGCCAGUACCUACGGCUUCCGGCCCAGCUCAGUCAGUGGCGGCUACGGAACCCUUGCUGGAGGCUGUGUCAUCGGCAGCGGCACCUGCAGCCCAAGGGGGGACUCCAAGGCUCAGCCGGGCAGUGCCAACGAAUACAAGGACGCCCUUGGGAAGACGGCUUCGGCUCUGAGCUCACCCGCCAAGAAAAUGGCGAGAUAA